ACGACAACGAAUGGACAUACAUCUACAAGCACACGGUGAUCCGUAUGCAUUGAGACAUCAAGUCAGAUCCAGGCUUGUUCUAGGCCGAUAAACGCCGGCGUUACUGCAUGGAAGCAACACAGUCGCAGUCCGACAGCCAGCAGCAGGCACGGAGAUCUGAACGCCAUGCUUUCCAUACUUCGCAAGGCUCGGUUGAAGGACAAGGAGAUGCGUAUCCUAAUGCUAGGACUUGACAACGCCGGUAAAACCACCAUUGUCAAAAAGAUCAUGAAUGAAGACGUCAACACUGUCAGUCCAACGUUAGGGUUCAUCAUCAAGACUAUUGAUUUCCAGGGUUACAAGCUCAAUAUCUGGGAUGUCGGAGGCCAGAAGACGAUAAGAUCAUACUGGAGAAACUAUUUUGAGAAGACUGACGCCCUCAUCUGGGUGGUGGACGCGACAGACCGGCUACGCAUGGAUGAUUGCAAGACCGAACUUAAGGGACUGCUGCUUGAAGAGCGACUGGCCGGAGCAAGUCUGUUGGUAUUCUUGAACAAGACCGAUGUCGCAGGGGGGAUGACCAAGGAAGAGGUCACGCAGCUGCUUGACCUCAAGCGAAUCUUGACUCAUCGUUGGAUAGUCGUUCCCUGCAGUGCGAUGACCGGCGAGAAUCUGGAGAAAGGUCUGGAUUGGGUGGUGCAGGAUGCCCGGGAUCGGUUGUUCCUAUACUGACACACCAUCAAAAGUACCGAAUGACAACUGGCAAUGGUUAGAACAAGAGGGAACGAGGAAGCGAGGCCACCGUUGAGCUAUGGAGAUAUUUAAGCAAUUCCCGUGUGUUUCGAACAGCUGAAACAGGCGAAGUAAAAGCCACAUGGGACCCCUGCAAGUCCAAUAAUGAGUGCACAGGGCGUAAAUUGGCCUUUUGCGCGGCCAGACCAAAGAGGCCAACCAGGACAGUCGCAGCAUCAGC